AUGAGGCGAUUGUUUUUUGGAUCUAUCACUUUGAUUGCGUAUAUGGUAAGUGUAAUAGAAACAGCCAUUUUGGAGAUGUUUUAUAAGAAAACUAGGUCUACAAUAAGAUCAACAUGACCCAAAAUGACUCCCAGUUCUCGCUUUGCCGAAGCGACCGAGAUUUUUAAGUCGAAUUCGAAAAAGAAACUGAGUUUACUGGCAAAAAUACGGCUAAAAUUGUUUUUUUUUUCUGCGUGGCCGCGUUUUGCUUACUCUCUUGGCGCCAAAGAUUGUUGAAUAUCUCAGCUGCACCUGCAAAGCGCGAGCUAAAAUUUUCAGGAAUUGACAUAAGGUCUAGGCCAGAAAUGUGUGCAAAACUUAAAGAAAAUCUGAGCGUCGCACUUGGGGUCCUUUUAAUCGCCCAUCAUCGCUUUGCGACGGCUAGCCGCGGCUAGAGAUUUGGAGGCGAGGCAUUCUGCACCCUUUGCGGCGACAAAUCCACAUUAUUUUCCAGACAGACUGAUUGUUGCUUGUUACUAGUCGCGAAAAAAAGCGAACGCACUGCGAAAAAUUCUACGGACUUUAUAGCGCGACCGACCAUUUUUUUACCAUUUUUUAUUGAUACAUUUUGCCUUGGAUGUUCGUAUUGCUUCUCCAAUUUUCAGACAGUCCUCACCCACUCGGCCCGUUUCUCAUUGGCGCCGAAUAUCCGGUUUGGUGGGGAAGCUGACAAUGAGACCUUGCCAAGCCUACAUUCCUGCGCUGAAGGCGCUUUGGCCGGUGAUUACAAGGGAUUCGGGUGGUGUAAUAGCUCAUCAGUCUGCAAGUUUUAUAUCACUACAUCUGGCUACGAUACCGGCAACAAGGAUGGCUGUCAGUAUUAUGCGAGGAAUGACAGUCACGGCGAUUAUUGCGACACCACGGAAGAUGUGGGAGAUAUGAUUAAAAAUUCCGGUGGGAGAAACAAAGCAUGAUUUUUAAACGAUUUUUUUACAGUUUACGACAAUGGAGAGUGCCCCACUGGCUUUACAUACGACAGCAGUGAGAAGGCGUGCUUUUCGAAUAUGGUAGAUCCGCAGAUUUUUACUAUCAUGUGUCGUUUUUAGACGUCCGAUGAGUGCAAUCUCUACAACGCCACUUGGAAAUACCCCUACAUGCCGAAUGGCGCAUAUAAAUGUGCGUUGUAUCCGAAAAGUCAGAGUAAGUUUGAAUGGAGGUUCAAAAAACGUCGCCUUUGCUAUGCAGUCUUUCCAUAAAAUGCGUAGACUCUUCUCGCUGCGCACAGUGCAUUUUGCUUCUUUUUGCACCGUGCAAUUGUUUGUCGCGCGUGCAAAAUUUCGAGUCGAUGCAAUUAAAAACGUGUACCUCCUUGCGAUUUUCCAAUUGCACAGUGCAAAAGGCGAAAAGCACAGUGCAAAAAGAUUUGUGACGAAAAGUCGACGCACUUUAUGAAAUGCGUAUGUAGUUGUUAAUGUGAGACAAACAAAUUGACCUUUUUUUUGUGCCCGAACUUCCACUUUUCAGAAACCGGCGACUUUUUUUUUGACUCGAACUUUUCGUGAGCUUGUCACUUUGUCGCAUUUUUAGGUCAAGAAUUUGAGCUUGUGAGUUGCUGCUGCGUUGUACAAUAUCCUUAAAAAAUCGACCUUUUUUCUUUGGCAUAUUCUGUUACGCCUCUUUUUGUGUGUGCUCUCGCAAAGAAAACGUAGACUUUCAGUCUGGGGGGAAAAUAUUUACCAUCUUUUUACUGGCCUACUCUGUAGUUGUUCCAGCUAUCAUAGAACUUUUUCCUAAAACGGUUUUUCAAAGAAGGUUGAAAAAGCAAGGUCUUAAUCACGGCUAAUUGUUCAACAUUUUACUGUCAGCUAUUCAUUUACGCCACUUUUUUGCAGCGCAAUACAUUGAUGAUUACGCCUGCCAAAACUAUGGCUCAACACUGCAGAUCUUCAAAGGGAAGCCGUAUUGCUACUCGAGAAUUGCUUUGCCUUCUACGGUUGGUUAUAUUUUUGUAUUUAUACUAGUAAAUAUUAAAAUCCCCGCUUCUGUUUAGCUAGCUUCAGCCACCUCAAUUGUCUACGACAAUGGGUGUUCGUGGCUUUACGAUGUGAACACAAACACUCUGAAGAUUGAGAGUCGUUUGGAAAUGGACUGGAUUUUGGCCGUGUUCGGAGCAGUUAUGGUUGGGGCUGUAAAGAGGACAACGUUGGCUCCUUAUUUAAACUAUGAUAAUACGACGGUAAGAAGGCUAUUUCUCAUGAAACAUCCGUCUGUCGAGAAAAUAAUGAGCGCAAUUUCGCUUCGCCGAUCGCUGAAGUGAAAGGCAAUUUGGUUUUCCCGUGACACAAUUCACUUUCUCGGCGGCGAUGCGAUUUUCGAUGCGACAGAGUCUUCAUUAUUUUCCCGACGGGUCAAUACUUUUGGCAUUAUCAGUCUGUCGGGAAAAUAAUGUGAAAUUUUCGCAUCUUGGAAGUGGCUAUCAUUUAUAAAUCCACAUUAUAUUUUUCCGCACAAAAUUAGCAAAGAUAUGGCCAAAAAGUGCUUUUCUCUGGGACUGCUCUCCGCGUUUUGCGUACUGCCUCAUCCGCAGAGCCUUUCAAUAUAUAUAGUCAUAUCGCGCAAAAAUGUUUGCAAAAAAGGCCAAGUCUGCUGUCACCAUACAGUUGCGGACCUGACCCAAUGGAAAAAAACGUUCCAUUUUGCAUCCGAGAAGCGUCGAAAAUGUGGCAAAAUACCUCCCUCUCCAAGUGAAGAAACUCCGAUUUCAAAAGCGUGCUCGCUCUUUUUAUGAGAGGUCUCUUCAAACCGGAGUUUUUUCACUUGGAAAGAGAGGUAUUUUGCUACAUUUUUGACGCUUCUCGGAUGCAAAAUGGUACGUUUUUUGCCCUUGGGUCAGGUCCCCCGCUCUAUAUGAAGACUUUUUGUUCCACUUGGCAAUUGAAAAUUAAUUCCUGUCACUUUAGUUCAACACUUUCGGAAAGACGAUUGCAACGUCGGCCUACAGCUUUGUUGUCCUCCAAAACAGUAAGUUAUAAGUAACCAAAUUCUGUAUCAGUCUGUCGGGAAAAUAAUGAGGAUAAUCUCGCUGCGCCAAGUGUCGCUGAAGUGAAAAGCAAUUCGACUUUGUCGCGACACAACUUUCUCAUCGGCGAUGCGAUUUUCGAUGCGACAUUGAAUUAUUUUCCCGACAGACUGAUUAAACGGCCGCAAGUCAAAGCUUCCGUUUUGUGGCCGACUUUGAAAGUGUUGUUCUAGACGGGCAACUGACCAGUGCCAACAACGCAACCGGCAAUUACUUGAUGUGCAAAUACAAGGGUGUCCCAGCACAAUGUUGA